AUAUAUAGUUCAUGAGGUCGGAGAAGAUAGGCGCGCAGACAGCAAAACACCAUUUCAUUUUCCAUCCACCCAAUUUUAGCACAGUAGUCACAACACACAAAGCUCGAUCUUGUUCAUCCAAGAAGCAUGGGGUCCAACGAGGCGGCGCAGCCCAAGAAGCCCCAUGCAGUUUGCAUCCCAUACCCAGCUCAGAGCCACAUCAAGGCCACGCUCAAGCUCGCCAAGCUCCUCCACCACCGCGGCUUCCACAUCACCUACGUCAACACCGACUUCAACCACGCCCGUUUCCUCCAAACCAGAGGCCCCCACGCCCUCGACGGCCUCCCCGACUUCCGAUUCACCACCAUCCCCGACGGCCUCCCUCCCUCCACCCCCGGCGCCACCCAGGACAUUCCGGCGCUCUGCCACUCCAUCCGCACCUUCAUGUCCGCUCCCUUCACCGACCUCCUCGCCAGCCUCUCCGCCGACGCCGGAAACCCUCCUGUCAGCUGCGUCAUUGCCGACCUCAUGCCCUUCGCCAUCGAUGUCGCUCGAGACCUGGGCAUCCCGUCCUUGAGCUUCUGGAGCUUCGCUGCCUGUGCGUUCAUGGGGUUUCACCAAUUCCGACCUCUACUCGAAAAGGGCAUCACCCCUUUCAAAGACGACAGCUACUUGACGAACGGGUACCUGGAGACGGCAAUCGAAGUGCCGGGGAUGAAGAACAUCCGGCUCAGGGACCUGCCGAGCUUCUUCCAGACGACGGAUCCCGAAGAGCCGGUUUUCCACUGCCUGAUGGAAUGGGCCGAAGCAGCCGGCAGAGCUUCCGCCAUUCUGCUUCACACAUACGACGCCCUCGAACCGAACGUCCUGGCCGCGCUCAACUCAACCUACCCGAACCGGGUCUACGCGGUCGGACCGAUCCAGCUCCUCCUCGACCAGAUCUCGACCCACCCGACCCUCGACGCGCUCAGCUACAGCCUGUGGAAGGAAGAGCCAGAGUGCCUCCGCUGGCUCGACACCCAGCCGCCCAAUUCCGUCAUCUACGUCAAUUUCGGGAGCAUCACCACCAUGUCCCAACACCACCUGAUCGAAUUCGCCAUGGGUUUCGUGAACAGCGAGGUGCCCUUCCUCUGGGUCAUCCGGCCCGACCUUGUCACCGGGGAGUCGUCGGCGCUUCCGAAGGAGUUCCAGGAGAAGGCGGAGAGGGUCGGGUUUAUUUCCGGUUGGUGCCCGCAGGAGGAAGUUCUGAACCAUCCGGCGGUCGGAGGGUUUCUGACGCACUGCGGGUGGGGAUCGAUUAUUGAGAGCUUGACGGCGGGAGUUCCGGUGCUCUGCUGGACCUUCUUCGGCGACCAGCCGAUGAACUGCAGGUUUGCGUGCACGGAGUGGGGGAUCGGGAUGGAGAUCGACAAGGACGUGAAGAGGGCGGCGGUGGAGGAGCUGGUUAGGGAGCUCAUGAAUGGAGAAGAGGGGGAGAAGAUGAGGAAGAAGGCCGGGGAUUGGGGAAAGCUGGCUCGAGAAGCUACUGGGCCUGGUGGAUCGUCGAUCGUCAAUCUGGACCGUUUGGUUAAUGAGGUUCUUCUGCCCAAAUAAGGGACUGGGCUUCCCGGUUUGAUGUUUGGGCUUUUCUUGAUAUUCGAAGACUAUACCGCAAAAAUAAAGACAUAAUAAGAAA